UUCUAACUAAUUUUUAUUGUUUUUUUAGGCAUAGCGUUCGAUCUGUAAUGGAUAUCGUGUCUGAAAGUGUUAAAUAUCUGGACGGAAAUUGGAGAUUAGCAAUAGAUCGUGAUGAUCAGACAAAUCUCAGUUGUUGGGACAACAUCUCCGAACCUACGAAAAGGCUGACUGAAGCACUGUACACAGUUAUUCGUCACCAGCUCCAAAGAGAGAGCGCAGUUGCUAGAGAAGGCCUCGAACCUGCUUCAUUUGAAAUCUUAAAUUUAGUCCCUGGAGUGCAUACCUCUCGCCGGAAGUGGAAACGUCUCGGAAACGUGACGGGCUCCAGAGUGUCCAUGGAUGCAGUGGUGUGGCUGAGGGCGCCCUUGGGUGGCAGCCAGGUUCCGCGAAGGGUCGGAGGGGCCCUUUCUCGUCCCUAUUCCUCGAGUGGCCGUCAACGAUUCCGCGUUGUGACAGCUUACUCUCCUCCCUUUGUGAAGCCGGGAACGCGCGUAGAAAAUGGUAGUUGUCUCAUCGGAGUGCCUUGUCUUCAAGUAGCUACCAGAGAAAAAGAAGAAAUUAUUGAAAUCUUUGCAGAUUAUUACGCGGCUGGAAGAUCUGAAGGAGUACUGUACAACAUCACGUGUUGUGCAGGUAUUUCGAUCGCUCUGCUUCUAGCUUUGUCCAGAGAUCUAGGAUUUGAGUUUGACAUGUACUUAGUAGCAGACGGCUUCUUCGGCACAAACCGGGGAUACCGAUGGAAUGGAAUAACUGCUGAUCUGAUUUCUGGUGCUGCCCAUAUGACAUUCACCGCCUUCAGUAUGACCAGUGCCCGGCAAACGGUCAUCGAUUUUUCCGUCCCUUAUUUCCACUCUGGUGUGUCUUGUCUCACCUCGUCCCAAUAUAGAGUGGUGCCGCUAUCGGCUUUCCUGGUGCCAUUUAGCAUACAACUGUGGGUCGCCAUUUUCGGCGGACUCACUGCUACAGCCAUUGCCGCAGCUAUCUACGAAUGGCUGAGUCCUUUCGGCCUCAAUCCAUGGGGUCGCCAGAGAACGAAAAACUUUAGUCUAGCCUCUGCCCUGUGGGUGAUGUGGUCGCUUCUUUUUUCGCAUUUAGUCGCUUUCAAGGCUCCCAAGUCUUGGCCCAAUAAAGUGCUUAUCAACAUCUGGGGGUGCUUCAGCGUCAUCUUCCUUGCGUCAUACACUGCGAACAUAGCCGCUUUGUUCGCUGGACUCUUCUUUCACUUAAGAGUUGAUGACUUCCACGAUGUUCAACUUUAUAGCUAUAAAACGGGAACUGCCAGAGGUAGUGCAGCCGAGUUCUAUGUAUAUAAGGAGAAUCCCGAACUGUGGCAGCACAUUCAGCAAUACGGAGUGGACUCUCUUCAGAAAGGUCUCGAAAAACUCAGGAAUAAACAAUUGGAUAUGUUGAUAGGUGACACAGCUGUACUUAAAUAUUUUCAAGGAAAUGACCCUGGUUGCAAUCUCCAUCUACUAGGUUCUAUUUUCGAUGAUGCUUAUGCUGUUGGUGUGCAAAAAGGAUUUCCUCUAACUCAUUCCAUCUCACAGCUGUUGCUCAAGUACAGUGAGUAUGGAUACGUUGACCAGCUGCAGAAGAAGUGGUAUGGACGUGUGCCUUGUUUCGACGACCGUUUACAUCGUUUCAACCAACCUGAACCCCUAAGUGUUGAAGCCGUGGCGGGCGUCUUCAUCAUGCUGCUUGUAGGCGUAGGCGUGGGCGUAGUCAUCUUAGCUCUGGAACACAUCAUCUUCAAAUAUGCCCUCCCCAUCCUCAGGAAAAAGCCCAAAGACUGCUUCUGGAGGAGCCCUAACCUCAUGUUCUUCAGUCAGAAGCUGUAUCGUUUCAUCAACACAGUAGAACUAGUUUCACCUCAUCAUUCAGUUAAAGAAAUCAUUUCAAACUUAAGAGAGGGACAAAUAGCCAGCCUCUUUCAGAAAAGCGUCAAAAAGAAAUUCAAAGAAGAAGCUCGAAGAAGAAAAAGCAAAUCUCAGUUUUUCGAUAUGAUACAAGAAAUUAGAAGAGCAUACUAUGCAGAGUCGCCAGACGAUCCGGAUUCAUUAGUAGAGUCCUACAGUUCGGCUAGUACAAUGACCUUCAGUAAAAAUCGAACUCGGCUAAGCGCUAGUACUGGUGAUUUAACAUCGAUGCAAGUUAAAGAAGAUCCUUGGCUGAAAGUUGGCGUCCUGUCCUACCCAAAGGUGCGUUCUUUGGAUGAUAUUUACCACUUACGCCGAGAUUCAUUAUUGACAAUGAGUGAGAACAAAGAACGAAUAGAAUCCCUGGAGUUUGGCGACAAUCUCAGCGCCAACUGGCAAUCUUCCUACACCAUGGAUGAACUGAGGUUAUUAGCGAUGAGCAAAGAGGAUAUUGUCAGACUUUGGCAAGGUUCUGAAAGAGCUUUGCUGAACAGGUUGCAAGACACGUUGAAAGAAAAGAGGCUUCUGGAACAAAAAUUGUCUUUUAUACAAAAAACCUUACUCAAACCUCCUUGAAGAAACUAUGAAAAAAUGUUCUUUCUUGAAGGCAAGGAUAGUCAGCAAACGAAAACAUGUUCUCUUUUUCUCAAGAGUCUGGAGAAAACCAUAUAUGGCAUGAAACCAUUUGAAAGAUUUUUCUCGAUUUUGUCUUUAAAUAGCGAAUUCUAGACUUUUUGUAGAACUUUUUUAGAAUGCCCAGAUCAGCAAUUGAGCUUUUAAGAAUAUAGAAAUCAAAUAUUAAUAGGCAGAAAAUAUUUAAGGUAUACAGAGAUAAGUAUUUUAUAUAGAUAAAAAAAAUUUAUUGGUAGAAGCAGAUUAAAAAGUAAAUAAAAACUGUAAACCAACAAGAACCUGAUAUACUAUAAUUUAUCACUUUAUGCUUAAUGUGUUGGGUCGAGGUUAAGCGUUUUUCUUCUUCUCCUUUUUAUUAAAUAAUCAAAUUUUUGAAUAAUUUUACGAAUUUGCAGGGGGUUUAAAUAUGCUAUAAUCGCCUCACCAUCUAGACAAAAUUUUAAUUUGUAAAGAAGCUAACGGGAAAAAAAUUGACAAGUUAUUUCUUAAAUGUUAUCAAUAUC